CAUAUAUACAUACAUACAUAUAUAUAUAUAUAUUAUUUUCACAUCAACUACAAUGGCCUCCAACAUCCUUCGUGCUUCUCUCCGUGCCUUGUCCCGUCCUGCCUUUAAGUCUGUUGUGACUCCUGUGUUGUCUGCCACCAGCCGUCGCGUCACACCCGCUAUUGGUUUUACACCCAUUCGUGCCUUCAGCGCUGGUCUGACACGUCUCAACAGUGGUGCCGUUGAUUCCGAUCUCGCCCACAAGUUGGAUGAGGAGCUCCAGUACGAAAAGUCAAAUGAGGAAGCUUCCCAGCCUGAGUUCAUCAAAGAAUUCUUGGACACCCACUUGUUCGAGAUUGAGGAUAAGCCUGGACAGGACGAAGUGUCCCUUACUCGCACCUUUGGCAAUGAAAAGAUCCGUGUUCUUUUCUCCAUUUCUGAUAUCAACAGCACCGAAGAUCCCGAAGACUUUAUUUCUGAGGAACUUGAGGGUGCUGAAGAGGUUGAAGAGCCUGCACCUUCCUUCCCUGUCCGUGCAUCUGUAACCAUUGAAAAGAAUGGUAAGGGUGCCAUUACAAUUGACACUGUGGCUCAGGAUGGUGAGAUCUCCAUUGAAAGUGUUAUGUACUACAAGGACGCCAAGCUUGCCAGCGAUCAGUCAUCUGAGUCUGACUGGCAGAGACGCGGUCUUUACAUUGGUCCUCAGUUUGCUGAAUUGGAUGAGGGUCUCCAAAACCUCUUUGAGCGUUACUUGGAAGAACGUGGCGUAAACGCUGCUCUUGCUAGCUUCUUGCCCGACUAUGUCGAGCACAAGGAACAGCAGGAGUACAUCAGAUGGCUCCAGGGCAUGAAGGACUUUGUUGCUGUUUAAAGACAUAUAUAUAUAUAAGCAUGUGUAUAAAAUAAAAAUCAUUCUUUCGUUAAUAAAAAAAAAACUCUCUCUUU